CGUCACCCGUCUUCUCUGAGCCGCCUUUGAUUCCUCUGGCUUCUCUUCCUUUGUGGUAUUCCAAUUCUCAUCCUCUUCCUAGUUCUCGUUCUUGAGGUCCAUCGAAAUGGCUCUCACAUCUUCCAAAUUCUCCUCCCUUUUUCUUUCCCCCGUUUCUGGGGAUACUCUGAAAAACCCCAUUUCUGCUUCUUCUCUGGGCUUCGCUCGCUCUGCGCCUUCUCCUUCUCUGUCUCUUGUUCCUAAGGGAUCAGGAGCCAGAAAAUUCAGGGUUUGUGCGGCUGUGUCUGAGAAUUCCCCCGCACUCACCGGCGUCAUAUUUGAGCCCUUUCAGGAGGUAAAGAAAGACGCUCUCGCUGUUCCCAUGUCGCCUCAAGUUUCCAUGGCUCGUCAAAACUAUGCUGAUGAGUGUGAAUCUGCUAUUAACGAGCAGAUUAACGUGGAAUACAACGUUUCCUAUGUGUACCACUCCUUGUUUGCGUACUUUGACAGGGACAACAUAGCUCUCAAAGGCUUUGCAAGGUUCUUCAAGGAAGCAAGUGAAGAAGAAAGAGAACAUGCUGAAAAGCUAAUGAAAUAUCAGAAUAUUCGUGGUGGACGAGUGGUACUUCACCCCAUCAUGUCUCCCCCCUCUGAAUAUGAGCACCCGGAAAAAGGAGAUGCAUUAUAUGCUAUGGAGUUAGCUCUUUCUUUGGAGAAGUUGACAAACGAGAAACUUCUGCAUGUGCACAGUGUGGCCGAUCGCAACAAUGAUCCUCAAAUGGCUGACUUCAUUGAGAGCGAGUUUUUAUCUGAGCAGGUUGAAGCAAUUAAGAAGAUAGCAGAGUAUGUGGCGCAGCUGAGAAUGGUUGGAAAGGGUCAUGGUGUUUGGCACUUUGAUCAGAGGCUUCAUGAGGAAUUUGAACAUGCUGCAUGAUUGCCCGUAUUCGUGUUCACAGUUGUUUCUCAGGAUGUGGCUUGUUUAGACUUGUAGUCUGUAGAAUAGUGUAUGGAUGGUCCUUUUAGGUAAAAACUAGAUGAAAGAAAAGAGAAAGUUCUAGUUUGUUAUUUCCGAUAGGAAGUAGUACCAUGUAAUCUCAUCUGUUGGCAGCUCUGGAUUGGAAUGUUGGAAAUAAAAGACCUCGCAUGUUGCUUGUUCAGUUUA